GUGUGAGAUAAUGGUAGUGGAUCCCUGUGAGCAGUACAGUAUUGUGAUCAAGCUGGUGGAAGCACAUACUGCCACUAUAACUGCCCGUCUUGCUGAGUUACUCCCUAACUACACUUGAGUUACACUCUUGCCGAGUUUAAGGGGCAUGACUAACAUAUUCCUCAAGAUAUGAUGUCCUUCAAGAUCUCAGAGAGAGCUGCAGGAUCUGGUCCCGGAAUGGUAGCUAAAUUAAGGCCAGGCACUGCUGUUGCUUAGAUUGAUCAUACCAUUCGGUGGGAGGAAGACAUUCGUCCGUUCUUAUCUUGUAUUGAAAUGAGUCGAAGACAGCGAAUUGUUAUGACCGUCAUCAUCCUCGGCUCCUUUGUCUACGUUAUCCUUACACAGGUCAUGGGUUCAGGUCCCUCCCAUUCUGUGACGUGUUUGCAGUCAUGCUGUUAUGGCUAUCAGACAUUUGGCCGAUGGCCAUUUCACCGAAGGACACUUUACUGACAGAUAUUUCACCAAAGAACAUCUGACUGAACGGACAUUUCAUGGCUGUACACAUGCUUGAUGGCUUGCCUGGAGAACCUGUACAUCCGGAGGUGCGGAAGUUUUGUUCAGCUAUGAAUAAGCAAAAAGUUAACCGUGGGAGUCCUACUAGCCCAUUUCCUAACCUAACCACUGAGCCAUUUAUGAGGUGCAAGAUAAUUUUCCUAACACUGGAGAUAUUGAAUCAUUCAGUUGCUAUAGAAAGGAAGUUCCAAAGCACGAGUUCUUUGAUACAGUUAACACUACUUAAUGCCAAGGCAGAAAAUGAGAGCUCUCCCAUAAUCUAUGUUGUGACCCCUACGUAUAAAAGGCCAGAGAUGGUGGCAGAGUUAACCAGACUUGGUCAGACUCUCUCAAUGGUGCAGAAUAUACAUUGGAUUGUGGCAGAAGAUAGUGCCACCUGCUCUCGUCCAAUUACUGGCCUUCUUCAAAGAUUAGGUCUUCCUUAUACGCAUCUAGCUACUCCAAUGCCUGAUGUAUAUCGUAAAGAACGAUAUGUGCCACGCGGUGUGUCCAAUCGCAGAGCAGCCUUACAGUGGGUGCGGGAUUAUGGCAAAAACACGGGAGUCCUAUUCUUUUUAGAUGAUGAUAAUGCUAUAGAUAUUCGGCUUUUUGAAGAAAUGAGAUCAACAGAAACUGUAUCAAUGUGGCCUGUUGGAUUGAUUGGAGAGUAUACUGUCAGUUCUCCUGUUGUUAAAAAUGGAAAAGUGGUUGGAUUCUAUGAUGGGUGGCCAGCAGGCAGAAAGUUCCAGGUGGACAUGGCUGGAUUUGCUGUUGGUGUUGGCUAUAUGAAGAAACAGAAAAAAGUGACAAUGCCUUAUAUAGCUGGACAUGAAGAAGAUGGAUUUCUUAAAUCUCUAAAUAUAAACAUAAAUGAAAUUGAAGUGAAAGCUAAUGGGUGUACAGAUAUUCUAGUGUGGCAUACACGCACGGCCAAGAACCCAUUACGUAACCUUAAUAUAGAGAGUCACCAAAAUGAUAAUAUUAAAGUCCUGACUGACAACAUGAAACAACUGGGUAUGAUCAAGUAGUUUUUACUGAGAAUUUUGUGAAAAUUGGAAUAUAGUACUUGAGAAACUUUUAUGGGUAAAGUCAUUGACAAUAAUGUAAUAUUCCUAGUGGUCUUUUUUUAUGUCCAGUGGGGUAAAGUGAAUUCUCCUUAGUUGAUUUAUGACCAUAAGAAUAUGUACUCAUGAUCUCGUGAAAUAGUCACCGGUGUGUUCAUCUGAUCUUCACUCUAUCUACAUCUUAAACUUAACUGCUGUAACUGAGCAGGUUUCCAGUGGAAAUACCUGUUUUUUUUUUUCUUUAAUUAUUAUUGUUAUCAGUAAUCUUAGAAACCUUAGACUAAAAUAUUGAACAUCAUUAACAGUUGAGAAGGAUCAAGGAAUUUAGGCAUGAUAUACUAUACCAGAUACUGCACAUGACAAAAAUAAUACCAUAAGAAACAUUAAAUUGAAGGUACAGUACUGUAUUUAUAUUCAUUAUGAAUGGAAAAUGUCUUUGUUCAAUCUGUCUAAAAAGCUUUUUGUCCUCAAACUCUUAUCUGUUCUUCAGACAUCAAUUGCCUCACACAUCAAAGACUUCAUGUAGAAGACAAAUUUAUGUCAGUAACUUGUGGAAGCAUUACAACUGACAACACUUAAGGUAGCAUGGCUUAUUUUCCUUCGCAGGAUUUUAAUUUAUUAAAUCGGUAAUCACUAUACUCUUACUAUAUACAUGUACUGUGCUAAUAAAUGGCACGCUUUGUUUUCAUUACCCACGUUAAGCUAACUACUUAGGUUAAAUGUUUUUUUUUUUUUUUUUUUUUUUUUGUGUGUGUGAUAAUUAUAUA